UUUACACCUGAACAGGUAAUCAACCCUGAUAAACUGACCUGUCAACUGAAGGGUGUCUUGCCUACCCCACUGCAAACCAGCAGCUCCUCACCCUGUAAUGGGUCCUGGCCUGUGCCUAUUGAGCCACAGUUCAGUACUCUCAGAGGACUGUAGUUGAGGCAGGAAUCCAAACUGCGUUUGAGGAUAAUAAUGGCUGAGAUAGGGACCCAAAGAACAACUACAGUAAUUGCCCCUGCAGUGAAAAAGAAAAACGUACAAGGCGAGCUACAGGUCCAUAUCAUCGAUUAGAAAGGGAGAAGAGGAGGGUCAGUGGAGAAGGAGGGGUGGAGCUUCCAGCGCUGUGUAUUCAAUACCAGUCACGUCACUGCUGGGGGGAGUAGUUCCGGCAGGUAAAAUGCCACGGCCGGAAACAGAAAUGUGGCAAUUUUUGACUGCCUCGCUUCAGUUAAGGGGCCUGCGGAUCCUGGCACCCUACGCCCUGCCGUUUCUUCCCUCGCUUCCCGUCCUUCCAGGACGUUUUUGCAGGACAAGGGACUGAGGAGAGACGGCGGCAUCGAUAUCAGUUGAGUCUAGCCGAACCGAAAAAGGACUCCAGCGGGGUGUUAGGAAGAGGCAGCGAAGCGGCAGAACCGACCCACACAACUCCCAGCACAGUGGACUGGUGGUAGCGGUGGUGCAGGAACCUGGUGCCGAACUGAACUCAGCGGAGGGAGAGUUGACCCGGCUUGGACGACCGAGCUUCUGGGGGUACUGUGUCACGGGCACGCUCUAUGAGCAGGCUCGGCCCUAGGCUCAAGAUGGCGGCAGCAGCGGCAGAUAAACAGAAGCACGAGCACGGACGGGUGAAGAUUGGGCAUUAUAUCUUGGGCGACACGCUCGGUGUCGGUACCUUUGGCAAAGUCAAAGUUGGUAAACAUGAAUUAACUGGGCAUAAAGUUGCAGUGAAGAUCCUAAAUCGACAGAAGAUUCGCAGCCUUGAUGUUGUAGGAAAAAUCCGCAGGGAGAUCCAGAACCUCAAACUCUUCAGGCAUCCUCAUAUAAUUAAACUGUACCAGGUCAUCAGUACACCAACUGACAUUUUCAUGGUGAUGGAAUAUGUUUCAGGAGGAGAACUGUUUGAUUAUAUCUGUAAAAAUGGAAGGCUUGAUGAAAAAGAAAGUAGACGUCUGUUCCAGCAAAUCCUUUCUGGUGUGGAUUAUUGUCACAGGCAUAUGGUAGUACAUAGAGAUCUGAAGCCUGAAAAUGUGCUGCUUGAUGCACACAUGAAUGCCAAGAUAGCUGAUUUUGGUCUAUCAAAUAUGAUGUCAGAUGGAGAAUUUUUAAGAACAAGCUGUGGUUCCCCUAACUAUGCUGCACCAGAAGUAAUUUCAGGAAGAUUAUAUGCAGGUCCAGAAGUAGAUAUUUGGAGCAGUGGAGUUAUUCUCUAUGCUUUGUUAUGUGGAACACUUCCAUUUGAUGAUGAUCACGUGCCAACCCUUUUUAAGAAGAUAUGUGAUGGUAUCUUUUAUACCCCUCAAUACCUGAAUCCAUCUGUAUCUAGUCUUCUGAAACACAUGCUGCAAGUAGAUCCAAUGAAGAGAGCAACAAUCAGAAACAUUAGAGAACAUGAAUGGUUUAAGCAGGACCUUCCCAAGUACCUGUUUCCUGAAGACCCAUCAUAUAGUUCUACCAUGAUUGAUGAUGAAGCCUUAAAAGAAGUGUGUGAGAAGUUUGAAUGCACUGAAGAAGAAGUGCUAAGUUGUCUGUACAGCCAAAAUCAUCAGGACCCUUUAGUGGUUGCUUAUCACCUCAUUAUAGAUAAUAGAAGAAUAAUGAAUGAGGCCAAAGACUUCUACUUAGCUACAAGCCCACCAGAUUUUUUUCUUGAUGAUCACAAUCUGUCUCGACCUCAUCCUGAAAGAGUGCCAUUCCUAGUAGCUGAAGCACCACGUCCCCGCCAUACUCUUGAUGAGCUGAAUCCACAGAAGUCAAAACACCAAGGUGUAAGAAGAGCGAAGUGGCAUUUGGGAAUACGGAGUCAGAGUAGACCAAAUGAUAUCAUGGCUGAAGUUUGUCGAGCAAUUAAACAACUGGAUUAUGAAUGGAAGGUUGUAAAUCCAUACUAUCUGCGUGUUCGAAGCAAGAAUCCAGUGACAAGUGCAUAUUCUAAAAUGAGUCUACAGUUGUACCAGGUGGAUAGCAGGACAUACUUACUGGACUUCCGUAGCAUUGAUGAUGAAAUUACUGAAGCAAAAUCUGGGACUGCAACUCCACAGAGAUCAGGUUCUGUGAGCAACUGUAGAUCCUGUCAAAAAGAUUCAGAUAGUGAUGCACAGGGAAAAUCUGCAGAUAUAUCCCUUACACCAUCAGUGACCUCUUUGAUUGAUUCUUCUAAGGCUGAAUUAACUCCAAGACCAGGGAGUCAUACAAUCGAAUUCUUUGAGAUGUGUGCAAAUCUUAUUAAAAUACUUGCACAAUAAGUUUGAAAGUGGGCUUAUUUCUUUUACAGCAAUAAGCAUGCUUAAAUCAUAGUCAGAUGCUUCCAGUUAUAAUCAAGUUAAAUUAACUAAGGUACUGAAAAAACUAGCCACAGAAUGCAAUUUUCAGGGGGAUUGGAAUGAUUAUAGGCCAUUAUGUAUAUUAUUUUGAAGCUGGAGUGAAUUCUGAUUGUCUGCUGUCCAAUAGCAUAAUACAGGUAUAGGAAGUCACGUGCCCUUGGGGCAGUGUUUAUAACACUUUACACUGAUUGCAGAUUAGAAUUCAAAUAUUUAAGUUAUGCUGUCCUUCUUGCUAUUUUUCACUGAUAAUACAUACAUCUAAUGCACUGUAAGUAAAUGUAGUUCAAUGACUUAAGUAUGACUUGAUCAUCAUCUAUAGUUGUGCCUUAGUUGAUCAGAAUUGUCAGCAUCUAACAGUAAUAUGCUAAAACUGCUGUUUCUUCCCUCUUAUUUGACAGUAAAUGAUAAAGAAUAGUUCAAUGCAUUAUAAUAUACUAUUUUUAAUAACAGAUAAAUUUGAUUAAAUGCAUGCAAAUCCAACCAGGUGAAAAUAUAUGUAGGGGCUCUGUAACGCACUAAGGGUGAAAUUCUGUGGGCUGUAAGUAGAACAAUUCAGGCUACAGCAGUGGUGAGAGGCUUAAUGCUGAGAACACUUGGCACCCUGUGGGCUGAAACAAAUUGUGGUUCUGUGAAGGAGAACUGUCAGCAGGUUCCUGAUCUGUGCAGAUUUAGUAGUUCAUAUCUUAGUGUGGUAGCAGCACAGCAGUUUCCCAUUGCUGCUGCAGGCUGAGAAUCCUGUUCCUUAUAAACACAUGCAUGUAGUUAAUACCACAGCUCUAUGGCCUCUUGCAUGCUAUUCCAGAAUCUAAAAUUUUCACUUUAAAAGUAUGUUCAUACUUUGAUAGAACUAUUUAUAUCAUAUGCUACCUUGCCAUAUAUCUUAUAGAAUUCACAUUGCAGUUGAAAAUACAUAUAUAGGUUUUGUUUUUUUCAAAUCCACCUUUAUAGUGAACUCUGCCAUUUAAAUUGUGGUGUUAAUAGUCGAACUUUUCAGUUGAACAUUUAAAACUGAUCAUGACAGCUUAUCAUAUAAUCAUGGAAUGGUUUGGGUUGGGAGGGACCUUAAAGAUUAUCUGCUUCUAACUCCAGGGACACGUUCCACUAGACCAGGUUACUUGUAACCCCAUUCAACCUGGCUUGAACACUUCCAGGGAUGGGGUGUCCACAACGUCCCUGAGCAACCUGUGUCAGGGCCUCACCACACUCAUAGUAAAGAACUUCUUCCUAAUACCUAAUCUAAACUUGCUCUCCUUCAGCUUAAAGCCAUUCCCCCUUCUCUUGUCACUGAAAAGUCCCUCUCUAUGUACCUUGUAGGCCCCCUUUAGGUACUGGAAGGCUUCAGUAAGGUCACCCCAGAGCCUUCUCUUCUCCAGGCUAAACAGCCCUAUGUCUUUCAGCCUGUCUUCAUAGGGAGGUGUUUCAGCCCUCUGAUCCUCUUUGUGGCCUCCUUUGGACUUGUAUUGAGAGACCGCCAGCUUUUUCACCACCCUUCACAGAAGUAAAAGUGAACGCUGUUUAUUUCUAUCUUUAGCACACCUUUAAUAGGGUUCUACAGGGUCUCCGGGCUAAGCAAGUUACUAUUGGCUAAUACACACAGGUUUAUAUUCUUUCUCUUAUACACAAGGAUAUUGUUUUACUUUAUUCUCUCUUCUGCAGGAAGGUUUCAAGGACUUUAGCCUUUAAUAUCACGACAUUUCAAAGACUGGUUUGUGCAGACAGGCCUUUACUAAUAUAUAAAAUAUAUCAACAGACUUGUUCUAAAAGGUCAAUGUAUUUUCUUGUGUUGGAGGCCCCAGAGCUGGAUGCAGGACUCCAGGUGGGAUCUCACAAGAAGAGAGUGGAGGAGCAGAAUCACCUCCCUCAACCAGCUGGGUAUGCAGUGAUAGGAUGUGGGGGAAUGGCCUUAAGCUGAAGGAGAGCAGGUUUAGAUUAGAUAUGAGGAAGAAAUUCUUUAUUAUAAGGGCGGUGAGGCACUGGCACAGGUUGCCCACAGGUUGUGGAUUCCCCAUCCCUGGAAGUGUUCAAGGCGAGGUUGGAUGGGGCUUGGAGCAAUCUGGUCUAGUGGAAGGUGUCCCUGCCCAUGGCAGGGGGGUUGGAAGUAGAUGAUCUUUAAGGUCCCUUCUGACCCCAGCUAUUCUGUGAUUCUAUAUCAAGCUUAUCAUCCACAACCAUCCUCCCAGGGAUAAUUCUUGAUCCUUUCUAUGUCCAGCCUUUACUUGUGCUUGGGAUUCAAAAAAAUUUUAACAGUAGAUUUCUGUUACCAGUGUCAUAAAUCCUACCACAGUUAUAGUUUUUGCAAUGUUUUCAGAACAAAAUUGAACCUUAAAUGUUAAAAUCUUAGCUAAUACUUGCAAAAAAACAUUUAAUCUCUUGUAAACUGAAUGUAAUUAUCCACAGUUCCAUUUUCAUCUAGCACUAAUAGAUGUAAACACUGCACAAUAAACUAUGUCAUAAAACAUUCACAUUCAUCAAUGAGUAUUCUCUUCAAAAUCAACUUCAUUACCUACUUCCUUUCAAAGAUUGCUAUCCUGGUUAGAGACUGGAAACAAGGCAUUAUUAUGAACAAUAAAGUCUUGACCCUGAAAAUGAAUGCAAGUUAUUGUCAAUGUCUAGCUGAAAAAUGAUAGCUACACCUAUAAGAACAGUCCAAUCCAGGCCAACUGGUUCCAGUUGUGAAUAUGCACAGCACAGAAUUUGAACAAACUUAAAGCUGAUUAAGCCCUGGAGCUGCUGUAACUGUGUUCUGAACUGGGAAAUGGUGUCAUUUGCCUAAUACGUAGGUACAUGUUACAACUCCAGUUCUUUAACCUCAAGUAUCACAGACUGUCCCCAUAAUGCAAGGUUCUAUUACUGUAUCUCAAAGUGGAAAAUUUCUCUUAAAUAAUGCUUUGGGUUUAAACUUCUGAGACUGAGAUGUCAACAUGAGACCAGCUGCCAAUCCUACAUAAGUGGGGGUUUGUGUUAUGUGGGGUCUUUUUAAGCCUUGUAAGAAAUUAUUCUGAUGUACUAAAUAAAUCAGUGUACUCAUUUUUGUUACCCUUUUAUUUUGAAGUUGGUAAAUAUUGUACAAUAUAACAAAUUCAGAGGUUUGGGGUUUUUUUUAAUUGCAGUAAUUUCUCACUUAGAAUUGGUUUGGAAUCACUGAAAGGGUCUCUGUGUAUGUUUAGCUAAAUAUUUAUAAAUGAUAUCUGGUCCUGGUUUGCAAAUUUGUAAUGCUGACCACAGGUGCAAGGUGUCAAGGUACAAAUAUAUUUUAAUUUUUAUAUACUUUUUGGCAGUCAUGCAUUAAGGCAACCUUGGUUAUUUUGUCUCAGUAUCUGAUAGUUGAAGAGAGUUUCUGGCAGAAGUGUACAGUAUGUAUAGCUUUAUUUAAAGGAAAUUUUAUUGGCAUGAUAAAUCACUUUUGAUGGACAAAAGUUUCCUGAUGGAACAGAGUUAGGGUAGGGUUUGGGUUUUUUUGGUUUGUUUGUUUGUUGUGGGGGUUAGCUUAUACAGUGGGGGGGGGAGGGAGAAAGGGGGACUGACAAGCUCUUUGAAUCCAGAACAGUUGUCUGUUGUGUAACUUUCCUAUGCUUUGUAGAUCUUGCUUGUUGAAACUGCUUUCUUCAGAUGUUCCUACUGAUCUUGCAGAUCAUGUUUUAGCAUCACACUAGUAUCUGCCAAUAGGUUGUGAAACUUAUGCAAAUAUACCAAUUGGUCUAUA